CUCACUACUUGUUUGCGGCAUUGUGAGAGUCAUGUUGAACUUAGUUUCUCGAGCUUGUCGUCUCCUCCUUCUCACUCUCUUUAUGACUCGGGCUACAGUCGGACUAUAGUUUGUUGCUGCAAAUUGGAUUGAGAACAACCUGCAAGUGGUGGUUGAAAACGUCGGUGGAAGAUUGAGGGAUUGUGAUUUGGAAGGCAGUUUGAAGGAGAUUGAGAGCAUGAGUUAGCGGUUCACAUUGAGGGCAUUGGAAUUUGUUGUGAGGUGCCUAUGUGGUUGACUCACAAGAUUGUUAGUUAAAUAUACAAAGUCAAGUGUACGUGGCGCAGUGCUGGGGUUGGUGGUUAUUGCAGAGGAAAUCUAUGUUGUGGUCGAGUUCGUGGUGUUGGAAAAGGAGGAUUGAGCGUUAUGGCUGGCUAGAGCCGGUAAGGGUGUGGCAGUAAUGUUCAGAUUGAGGAGAUGCGUCGAGGCUGUAGAGCUAUGCGUUUUAUAGGAGUGUACGCCUUUUGAUCUGAUUAGAGGAGAGCUUGAGUGGUGACUUUUGCGACGUGAGGUUGGUACAAUGUCGUUUUGAAGUGCCUGUGAAGCCUCGUCUUGACGAAGUGACUAGCUAUGGGGGCUUUGAAAGUUAAUCUAGUACAGGAGAAAGGAAUAGGUAAACAGGUUAGGAAACGUGUAGUUCACAAUGCCGACAAGAAUUCGGCACAGUCCAUGUUCCAGGAGGCACAGCAAUUGGCAUCAUUAGUCACAGCGAACGCUGCUUCUGUCAAAGCAUUUCUUGGACGCUGGAAAGCUAUCGAGAAUCGCUUGUUGCAAUUGCGUGCUCUUCUCACUGAGAUGUCGCAUCUUCGUUGUCUUAGCGAUAAUGCGGCUUGCAAGGAACUCUUGAAGACUAUGAUCGAGACGUUAGGGGAAGCUCGGAGCCUUGCAAGGAAAUGUACGGCGUUGAACUACGGCGGAAAACUUCAAACUCAGAGUAACCUGGAUUCACUCUGUGGCCAACUUGACCUUCACAUACAUGAUUGCCAGUUGAUGAUUAAGAAUGGAAUUAUGCAAGAGAAUCCUCUAGCGAUUUGUCAUGUUACUCCAGAGUCUUCUCGUGAGGCCAUGCGGUGGACCAUAAGGAACUUGAUUUCGCAUCUCGAAAUUGGGAACGUAGGUUGCAAACAAAGAGCCCUUGACAGUAUGCUUCGAAUCAUGUCGGACGACGACAAGAACAUUUUGAUGGUUGCUAGUCAGGGUGCGGUGACAGUGCUUGUGCAUCUUUUAGACGCCAGUCAGCCUGUUAUCAGGGAAAAAUCUGCUGCUGCCAUCUGCUUGCUCGCUCUAAACGACAGUUGCGAGCACACGGUUGUUGCUGAAGGGGGCAUAGCACCUCUUGUUCGUCUUUUGGAUUCGGGUUCUCCACGCGCCCAGGAGAGUGCAGCAGCUGGUUUGCAGGGUUUGUCUGUUUCUGACGAGAACGCCAGGGCUAUUACAGCGCACGGAGGGGUCCCGGCUUUGACAGAAGUCUGCCGCGUGGGCACCUCAGGCGCGCAAGCUGCUGCCGCGGGUACGCUUCGAAACCUCGCAGCAGUUGAAAACCUCCGAAGAGGCAUUUCUGACGAUGGCGCCAUUCCUAUCGUCAUCAACUUAAUAUCAUCUGGGACAAGCAUGGCUCAAGAAAAUGCAGCGGCAACCUUGCAAAACCUUGCAGUCUCUGACGACAGUAUCAGAUGGAGAAUCAUAGGUGAUGGAGCUGUUCAACCUUUAAUUAGAUACUUAGAUAGUUCUCUGGAUAUAUGUGCACAAGAAAUCGCAUUGGGAGCGUUGCGUAACUUAGCAGCAUGCAGAGACAACAUUGACGCACUAGUGAAUGCCGGAUUAUUGCCCCGUCUCGCGAAUCACCUCCGUUCAGGGAAAAUAUCUAUGCAGCUAGUUGCUGCUGCUACAGUUCGUCUCAUAGCUUGUUCUAUGGAGUCUAGAAGGUCUUUGGGCGAAGCCGGCGUGAUUGGCCCGCUGGUGAAACUUCUGGAUGCGAAGUCCACGAUGGCGCAGGAAUACUCUGCACAGGCCUUGGCGCUUCUCCUCCUUGAUGAAGAAAACCGAAAGCUCUUUCUCGCUGAAGAUUGGGGUAUUAUUGGAUUAGUGCUACUGUUGGAUACACGGUUCAAGGAGGUCGGCAAGCAAUUUCCAAUCGCAGCUCUUCAGGCCCUGUCCGGAAAUGCCAAGUGCAGGAAGCAGAUGGUGACUGCUGGUGCUUGUUAUCAUUUGCGUCAGUUGGCCGACAAGGAAGUCACAGGUGCCAGAAGACUUUUGGAUCGAUUAAGCACUAGCAAGCUGAGGAGUAUAAUCUCCAAGACUUUAUUGAUCAAUUCGUUCACCAGUUGAUCAUUACAAGCGUUCACGACUGCGAACUGGAGUUUUUGUGUAAAACUCUCAUUCAUCACUAUGAUCACCUCUAGGAAUACAAUGUGUAGGCCCAUGGUCCUGGCCGGUUGAUCAUCCAAUUGUGCCAUAAAUACACCCCCGAAGCUGUUCUUGUGUGCUGAAGCAGACAUCAAUAUGUAGUGUAGAUCUGGGGGCAUUCACUCAAAUUUAAUACCCUCUGAUUAAUGGAUUCAACUGUAAAAUAGGAAACUGACGAUAGAUUCUUUUCGCCGCCACAGCUGACAGUAGGAUCAAAUGCUUCCUCCUUUGUAGUUUGGGGAGCUACUGUGCAGUUAGUAGUAGAAAAUAAGGAGCCCAUGACAAGUUUAGUUGUAAACAAUUACAAUAAUUUUUAACCACUCUACUUUCUAGACAUGGUGUGUAGCGUGAUCUUAGUCAUGCUUUUCUCAUUA